UGAGAGUGUGAGCGGCCAAGGUGGGACAUCUCUGGAUUUGUGUGCUGUCCACCUUACCUGCAUUAAGAAAGAUGUCUCUAUAUGACAGUUUUUUAUGUGAAGAACAGUUCCAGUGCUCCAUAUGCCUUGAUGUAUUCACCAACCCUGCAUCCACACCAUGUGGACAUAGCUUCUGCAUGCAAUGCAUCACCAAAUACUGGAAUGGAGCUAAGGUUUUCAAGUGUCCUCUGUGUAAAAAGAGCUUUGAAAAGCGACCAGACCUCCAGAUUAACAGAACACUACGAGAGAUCACUGACCAGUAUAAAUCUAUGAAAAAUGGAGUAGUAAAGAAUAAGAGUGGAAGAAAGGGAACUGGAGGGCAUGGAAGCCCGUCAAGCCAUUUAUUUGAUGAACUGAAGAAAAAGCUGUGUCACCCUGUGCGAAAGACUCACCAGACCUUUUCUCGGAAGUACUUUUCAAAGCUCAAGUACAAUCUGGAGGAGUUCUCAGAUUUCAGAGUAGGCAAUUCAGAGUACUUGAUACUGCUGACUGUGUCAGAGCGGACAAUCCAGGACAUGAUUAUCGAGAGAAUCAACAAGAUCGAAGAGAUAAAUAUGUCAGUGACAGAGCUGGAGCUGGCAGUGGACCGAGAGACGGCGGGCAGCGUUUCUCUAUUCUCGAGUUUGGUUUGUUUCAUUGAACGUUCCCAGGCAGAGCUGGUGGAGGCGAUGGAGAUCAGCCGGAAGGUGGCACAGCGCCAUGCUGAAUCCAUGACAAGGCAGCUGGAACAGGAGAUCGAACAACUAAAGAAGAGACAAAGCGAGCUUUCCAAGCUUGCCCAAUCAGAUGAUCAUUUAUACUGUGUGAAAACGUUCCCAAUUCUGUCCAGCCCUCCACCUACCAAAGACUGGUACAAAGUGUCGGUGAAUUCUGACCUGGGGACAGAGUCCAUUUACAUGUCUAUAUUAGCUCAGGUGGAGAAGUUUGCCAAAGAGCUGAAGAAUAUCACAGAAAAAGUGGAUGUAACUCUGGACUCCAGUACCGCCCAUCCAAGACUGGUGCUGUCAUCAGACCUGAAAAGUGUGAGGUGUGGAGAUCGACACCAACUGGUGCCAGACAACCCAGAGAGGUUUGAAAAAGUUGUCUGUGUUAUAGGGAGGGAGCCAAUCUCUUCUGGAAAACAUUAUUGGGAGGUGGACGUGACAGGGAAGACUGACUGGGACCUGGGUGUGGUCAAGUAUUCCGUCAGCAGGAAGGGGAAGAUUGAAUACACCCCAGACAAUGGAUUCUGGUUCCUCAGUUUAAGAGACAA